CACAAGCUUCAUUCAUUAAUCACUCUGGGAAUUGGAUAGGACCCGUAUAGCCAACUGUAAUUUGUUGGGUUUGUUUGGAAACACGAGCGCCCACUGUUGCCGUUGGGACCAACCUGCUCCUGUACUUGUGAAGUCGCUGAUUUGCGUAUUCGUUUCUAGGUUGCUAAGUUGGGGGGUCCAAAAACGAGAGGGUCAUGUUUAGUCGCAGUUCCAAGAAGAGAAACUCCAGCAGAUCGGGGAAGCCUGCAUACGAGUCACAGAGAGGCCAGCCGUGCAACGUCUGUGGGGAUCAGUGUCCUGGCUUCAGCCUCCACACAUGGAGGAAGAUCUGUGUGCACUGUAAGUGUCGCCGAGAGGAGCAUGCAGUGACGGCCAUGCCCGUGGAGAUGGAGAAGACGGUCACCAAGCUCAUGUACGACUUCCAGAGGAACUCCACCUCAGACGACGACUCCGGCUGCGCCCUGGAGGAGUACGCUUGGAUCCCCCCCGGCCUCAAGCCAGAGCAGGUACACCAGUACUAUAGCUCGCUGCCUGAGGACAAGGUGCCCUACGUCAACAGUCCUGGGGAGAAGUACCGCAUUAAACAGCUGCUCCAGCAGCUCCCCCCCCAUGACAAUGAGGUUCGCUACUGCAACAGCCUGGACGACGAGGAGAAGCGGGAACUCAAGCUCUUCAGUAACCAACGGAAACGGGAGAACCUGGGCCGCGGCAACGUCCGGCCCUUCCCCGUUACCAUGACGGGGGCCAUCUGUGAGCAGUGCGGGGGUCAGAUCAACGGCGGCGACAUGGCGGUGUUUGCGUCGCGGGCGGGCCACGGCGUGUGCUGGCACCCCGGCUGCUUCGUGUGCGGCGCCUGUGACGAGCUGCUGGUGGACCUCAUCUACUUCCACCAGGAGGGGAAGAUCUUCUGCGGACGGCACCACGCCGAGAGGCUGAAGCCCCGCUGCACCGCCUGCGACGAGAUCAUCUUUGCGGACGAGUGCACCGAGGCGGAGGGCCGUCACUGGCACAUGAAGCACUUCUGCUGCUUCGAGUGUGAGACGGUGCUGGGGGGCCAGCGCUACAUCAUGAAGGAGGGCCGGCCCUACUGCUGCUCCUGCUUCGAGUCCCUCUACGCCGAGUACUGCGACUCCUGCGGGGAGCACAUCGGCAUCGACCAAGGGCAGAUGACGUACGACGGGCAACACUGGCACGCCACCGAGGGCUGCUUCUGCUGCGCCCGCUGCAAGGACUCCCUGCUGGGACGCCCCUUCCUGCCCAAGCAGGGCCAGAUCUUCUGCUCGCGGGCCUGCAGCCUGGGGGGGGAGCCAAACGGGUCGGACUCCUCCGACUCCGCCUUCCAGAGCGCCCGCUCCACCAGAGAGUCCCGACACAGCGCCAAGGCGGGAAAUAGUAGUGGAAGGGCAGGGGGAGGAGGAGGAGGAGGAGGUGGAGGAGGUCGUCAGGCCGAGAGGUGUUCUGGGGAGGUAGACCCAUUGUCCUUACAAAUGGACCUCCUGAGCCUCUCCAGCCAAACCCCAAGCUUGAACCGCGACCCCCCUGCCUGGCAGAGCCAGGACCCGGGGAGGGCGGAGGACUGUAUCUACGAGCACCAGGUGGAUUUCAUGUCAAACCCCACCCCUCUUCAGCUCGUCAGCAAAUGUAACAUCAGGACUUCAUAUAACCCCGCCUCCGGUGGACAGAACAUGCAACUGCAGGACCACAGGAUCAAGCAGGAGAGCGGGGAGGGUAAGAGGCCACCCACCUCCGCCUUAAAGGGCCACUCGCUGAACCAGAGCUGGGGCCAGCCGCCCGCUCCAGAAGACUAUUGUCCCCCCAAACUGAGGACCCAACAGAGCUGCAUUGAGAUGUCCCACAACUCACAGUACCACUUCUCCAACGACAAGCGUUCGGUCAGCCUGCACGGGUUCCAGAGGGACCGGGAGGGGGCGCCGCAGACCCACGCCCAGCUGGGGAGAAGCAGGAACCCCAUCAACGCACUUAACUUCAACGAGCAACUCACACCCCUGGAGCAAACCCCGAGAGGAUCCAUUGAGUCCCUGGCCCUCUCCCACACUACAGGUCACUCUGCAGAUGGAGGCGGGAAGCGACAGGAGCACCUCUCUCGGUUCUCCAUGCCCGACCUGAGCAAAGACUCUGGGAUGAACAUAUCGGAGAAGAGCAACAUGGGCACCUUCAACUCCUCGGCGCAGUUCCGCAGCUCCGAGUCCAUCCACAGCCUCAGGGCGGCGGGCCAGGCCUACAUGGAGAUCGACCCCCCCGCGGCCUCCCAGUACCAGAGGCAGUGCAGCGAGCCCCCCGGCCUGGGGGGCGGGAGCCGCGUCCCCCCGGGCUUCACCUACCAGGAGGAGGACCGGGUCAGCCUGGUGAGCAGCGCCAACGCAGCCCGCCUGCCGCCCAUCAGCGAGCGCCGCGGCGGCGGCGGGAACAGCCGGGGAGCCGGCGUUCGGAUCGAGGCGCCGGCGGACGACAACACCCCCCAGCGCCGCCGGCACCACCACCACCACCACCACCACUCCCGCAGGUCCCGGCGCUCCCGCUCGGAGAACGCCCUGCACUUGGCGGCCGAGCGGCGGGAGAGGCCGCCGCUGCGUGGCCGCGAGGACUACGACCGGUUCCCCCCGCCGAGGGGGGGCGCCCAGGACGCCUUCGGGGGAGGGGGGGCGGACCGGAGGUACCAGCCCCAGCCCUUCAGGCAGUGUCCCCGGACCACCUCGGACCUGACGCUGCAGAACCCCGGGGGGGCCUUCCGCCGCGUGGGGGGGCUGAACCAGUACUCCUGGGACCAGUACGAGGACGACGACUGGUGCUCCACCUGCUCCUCCUCGUCAGAGUCGGAGGACGAGGGCUACUUCCUGGGGGAGCCCAUCCCCAGGCCGGUCCAGAUGCGCUACCUCAGCAACCAGGAGUUCGUCCACAAGUUCAACGGCAGCGGCGGGGGGGUCCCGGCACCCAACAGUCGGGCGACGAGCGGGCAGAUGCACAACCGCAAACGCAGGAAGAGCAAGAACUGCAUCAUCUCCUAACACCCAGGACUCUGGUUUAGGGGUGGGAAGGGGGGCUGGGGGGGGGGGGCGACACCUACCUUCUAGCUUAUGUACUCUUGGAUACUUUUCACAAAAGUCCCCUUCAGUGUUGUCGAGUAACAUGUGGUUGACAGUAACGUGGUAAACUAUGUUCGGGUUACCCCUGGAAAAAAAGGAUCUGCAAAAAUACCAAUAUCUGCAUGUGUAUUCAUUUUCAAAUCUUACCACGGUUCUCUGGCGUCAGGUCUAACCGUGAGAAACAAUAUAAUCAAUUCAAGUCUGUUUUUAUCGAAGCUGAUGUGCAAUUAUUAUCAUAACACUAAUCCAUGCAGCCGGCAGUGAGUAAGGUACCGUCUAGUAAAGUGCAGCUUUUUGGUGUUCUGUGAUUUUAGAUAUGAUAUAUCGUGCUAUUGUAUUCAGUUGAUACUAUGUACAUAGCUAAAUGAAUUAAUGAAUUGACCCUAAGUUAAGGACUUCAAUGUAAAUAUGGUUGUAAAUGAGCUGACACAUAUUUUUAUAUUUUGUAUGGAUAGAAAAAAACAUUUACGUAUUGUUAAUCUAUAAUGUAGAGAUAGAGAUUGAUUAAAAACAAAGCAUGCAUGUUAUCGUCGGUUCACCUGGUCCUGCAUUUGGAAUAAAGGAGUAUUUCAGACAGA